AUGAGACAAGAGAAGGAAGAAAUAUUUAAUAGAGAUAAUUCUUUACCAUCGACAACAAACCCAAUAAUUGAAUUAAUAUUAAAAGAAGAAAAUAAUAAAAUCAACAAAAUCAGCAAUAACAAUUAUUUAAAUAUUAAUUUUAAUACUUGUGCAAUUUGUGGUGCUUCUUUUCGUUUAACUUCUGAAUUAAUUCAACAUGCUCGUUCCAAUCAUCGUCAACCUAAUCGUUAUGAUAGACUUGAAGGGCCUUCUAUUGAGGAAGCUCAAAAAUUUAAUAAAGAAAGAAUUAAUGUAAAUAAUGAAAGAAGAAAAUAA